AUGAUUUAAAAAAAAAGUGUUCGAAUUGUUGAGUGAAACAAUUAUUUAAUGAACAUAGAACUUUUUUAUUUAGUGGGAUAGAAAUAUAUAACAGUAUAUUUAGCAAUUUACUUUUCUUGAUAUUAUGGAAAAUUUUAAAUAAAUAUUAAUGCAUUUCUACACAAUGAAUUCUUUGUUAUUGAUACGGCCGUACAGUUCCAGUACCUCCAAUACAAUUAAAAAAAGUGCAAAGUCGAUUAGAAAUGAAUUUUUGAAUUAUUUUAAAAAAGAUUUGGGACAUACUUUUAUUCGAUCAAGUCCUGUUACGCCACUUAACGAUCAAACAAUUGCAUUUGUUAAUGCUGGCAUGAACCAAUUUAAAGGUAUAUUCUUAGAUUAUUAUGAUCCACCUACAACAAAAGUUGUGAAUUCACAAAAGUGUAUUAGAAUUAGUGGAAAACACAAUGAUCUAAAUAUAGUUGGAAAUGAUACUUAUCAUCAUACAUUUUUUGAAAUGUUAGGGAAUUGGUCUUUUGGAGACUAUUUUAAGAAAGAAGCUUGUUGUUAUGCUUGGGAUUUAUUAACAAAACAUUAUGGAAUUAAAGAAGAUUGUUUGUAUGUAACAUACUUUGGUGGGAACGAAGAGUUAGGAUUAAAACCAGAUUUAGAAUGUAAAGAUAUUUGGUUAAGUAUUGGCGUUUCAAAAGAUAAAGUUUUACCAUUUGGUAUGCAAGAUAAUUUUUGGGAAAUGGGUAUUUCCGGGCCAUGUGGUCCUUGUACAGAGAUACAUGUAGAUCAUACAAAACAAAUAGCAAAUCAAUCUAUGCGGAUUAACAAGGGUUAUACAGAUCUGACAGAACUAUGGAACAUAGUUUUUAUACAAUAUGAACGGUUAACAGACAGUACUAUAGUACCAUUGUCGAAACAGUAUGUCGAUACAGGCAUGGGAUUUGAAAGAUUAGUUUCUCUAUUACAAGAAAAGAAAUCAAAUUAUGAUACAGAUAUUUUCCAACCACUUUUUAAAGCUAUUCAAAAAUUUGCAAAAACGCCGGAAUAUAAAGGACAAUUUCAUAAUGAUGAAAGUAAGCUUGACAGUGGAUACAGAAUAUUAGCAGAUCAUAGUAGAAUGAUCACUGUAGCAUUAGCAGAUGGAAUGAUACCAGAGGAAAGUAAUAAGCUUAGAAAAAUAAUAAGAAAAGCAAUUGAUAUAGGUGAGAAUACAUUUAAGAAGCAAGGGAUACUUUUGGAACUUUCAUAUGCCGUAGCAGACAGUUUGGGUGAUGUUUAUCCAGAGUUACAAACUAAUCUUAAAAAGGUCCAGAAGAUAAUAGAAUUUGAAGAAGAUUCAUUUAAAAGAUUACAAAAUACUUGUGGUAAAGAUUGGAAAAAAAUGGUUGAAAUACGUCCUGACCUGGUAGCAGUCACCGACUGGAUGUCUUUUGGCUUAUUAAAUGGAUAUAAGUACCUGCAGCAUACACUUAAAGAUUUAAAAGAUACCAAAGUACUAUCAGGAGAUGUUGCGUUUAACUUGCACGAUUCAUAUGGUUUAAGUGCGGAAACAAUAAGAGAACUUGCGAACAUUGAAUCUUUACAUUUUGAUGAAAAAGCUUUCCAAGACAAGUUACAGAAUCUUAGGUAUCGAUCAAAAAUUGGGCUAGAAAAAAGUAGUGAAACCCUUGCAAAAAAAAUCAUAGAAUUACUUGAAAAAAAUCAAAUACCUAAAACUGAUGACACUUUUAAAUACGAGUAUGUUUUCAAUGGAAAUAAUUGCCAAUUUCCUACGAUUGCGAGUACAAUUGUGGGAUUGAUUGUAAAUGGUAAUUUGAUAUUAAAUAGAGAGAACGAAAUUACAAAUGAAAAAACAGUUUCAAACAUUCAGAAGAAAAUUGUUGAUUCUAAUACGAAAUCAGAUCAAGAAGAUGAAAUUGGAAUUAUAUUAGAUAAAACAUUAUGUUAUUCAAUGGAGGGCGGCCAAACAUCAGAUAAUGGUAUUAUUUGUAUAAAAGAUCUUAUUUUCAACAUAAUUAAUGUGAGAAAGAUUAACGAUUAUGUUAUACACUUUGGAAAAUUUGCACAAAGUGAUUCGAAAUAUUCAAAUGAAAAAUUAAAAGUUGGUGACAGCUGUGUUGUAUCUAUUAAUCCAGAAGUUCGAAUUGGAAUAAUGCAACAUCAUACUGGGGCACAUUUGUUAAAUGCAUCGUUAAAGCAAAUUAUGCAAGCAGUUUAUUCACGAAAUUCUCAUAUUUCUUCACAUGUUUUGAAACUUCAGUUUAACUCUUUUAAGGAGAAACUUACUUUUGAACAACUGAAAAAAAUUGAGAAUAAUAUUAAUAGUGUCAUACAGGCUGAUGUUCCUGUUACAACAAAAAUCGUGAAUUCGUUAGAGUUAUUAUCCGAGGAUUUUAUAACAUUAAUACCAGGAGAAAUUUACCCCUAUACAGGAAUUCGAAUUGUGGAAAUUUACUCUAAUAACUUAAAGUCAAAAGAAGCAUGUUGUGGCACACAUGUACCUAAUACGGGAUUAUUGAAACAUUUUUGUUUGCUAAAUUAUUUUUCAAAAGGAUCAGCAAAUUUGAAUAUUAAAGCGGCUGUAGGAUCGUUUGCUAUGUCUGCUAAAUUGGAAGGUGAAAAUGUACAACGAAAAAUAUUAAAUUUGGAACAAAAAUUGAAAACUGAAAAACUUGCAUAUGAUAUUUUCAAAACAAUAAGUCAAGAAAUUAAAAAUGAUAUAACUAAUGAUGAUAGAAAAACGCCAAUACCGUAUCUUAUUAAAGAAGAAUGUUUAACGAAAUUGAAUGAUUUAAAUAAAAAUGCUUGGGUGCAAGCAAAAGAAAUAGAAAAGUCUACUUUAAGUAUGGAUAUAAAAGGUAUAACUAAUUCAACCAAUAUCUUUAUCGUUCAUUGUUUAUAUCAAAAUCCCAUGUAUUUAUCCCUUCAUGAAAUUGUAUCUUUUUAUACAAAUAUACCAACACUGAUUAUGUUAUAUCACAAUGGAACAGUGAGAGCACGAUGUUAUGUACCUCAGGUAUACGAUAAAUAUAGACGAAUAAUUCUUCUAAAUUUCAGUGAUAAAUUCUUCACAUUUAAUAUUCAAUUAUUCUUUACAGGAAAUUGCGUCUGAAAUGUUUAAUGCACAAGUAUGGAUGAAAGUACUUCUUGAUAUUUUUAAUACAGAUUAUGGUCCGAUUAAAGGUUUUAAUCCACUUCUAAUUGCUAGUAUGGCGACUACAAGUAUUUCAGAUACCU